AUGAGUUCUCUUGGUGUCUCAGUGGCAGCUCAGUGUUGUGCAUUAUUAUUGGUGGUGCUGGCAGGAACAACAAUAUCAGUUUCGUACGGCCAGUUAGAUGCUUCGUUUUACAAAGACGCAUGCCCUACGGUGCACGAGAUAGUACGGGAGGUUGUUCACAAUGCUUCCAGAACUGAUCCUCGUAUUACUGCCAGUCUCAUCAGGCUUCACUUCCACGAUUGCUUCGUCCAAGGUUGCGAUGCACCAAUAUUAUUGAACAAGACUGAUACAAUAGACAGCGAGCAAGAAGCUUUUCCAAAUGCGAAUUCAAUCAGAGGAUUGGAUGUUGUGAACAACAGCAAGUCUGCGGUGGAAGCAGCUUGCCCCGCCACCGUGUCUUGUGCUGAUAUUCUCGCCCUUGCUGCAGAAAUCUCUGUUGUCUUGGCUAAAGGAAAAGGCUGGAAAGUACAGCUGGGAAGAAGGGACAGCACCAACGCCAAUCGGACACUCGCAAAUCUGAAAAUUCCAGGUCCCUCCCUCUCUUUGGAUCAGCUUAAAUCCGGCUAUGCUGCUCAGGGCCUCGAUCCUACUGAUCUUGUUGCUCUCUCUGGUGCUCACACAUUCGGAAGAGCACAUUGCAUCACAUUUAAGGAUAGGUUAUAUAAUUUCAGUGGCAAAGGCCAACCUGAUCCAAGUCUCAACUCAACUUACCUUCAGAAACUGCGACUCGUGUGUCCUCUCAAUGGAGAUGGCACCAACAUAACCAAUCUUGACCUCACCACUCCAAACACGUUCGACAAUAAAUAUUACAUCAACCUUCAACUUCACAAUGGCCUCCUUAACAGUGAUCAAGAGUUGUUCUCCACUUCUGGUGCAGAUACCAUCGCCAUUGUCGAUAGUUUCGCCGCCAGCCAGUCCCUUUUCUUCACUCAGUUCGCAGCUUCCAUGAUCAAAAUGGGUAAUAUCAGCCCCUUGACUGGCUCUCAAGGUGAAAUUCGAUCUCACUGUAAGUUUGUCAACUCAGAUUCCUCUCGAUUCAUUACUGCCGUCACUUCCACUAAAGAGUCUGAUGAACAUGUUCUCGUCAAGUUAAGAAAAAUGUCAUCCUUUCGGAUUUCAUUGUUGAGCCUUUGUUUGGUUGCUACCAUUUUUGGAGCUUCAAAUGCUCAGUUGAGUUCCUCAUUCUAUGCUACCACUUGCCCUAAUGCUUCAUCCAUUGUACGUGGCGUCAUUGAGCAGGCUGCUCAAAGUGACGUCAGAAUCGGAGCCAAACUCAUCCGCCUUCACUUUCAUGAUUGCUUUGUUGACGGCUGUGACGGAUCGAUAUUGUUGGACGAUGCCAAUGGAAUCUUAUCAGAAAAGGACGCGAUUCCCAACAGAAAUUCAGCAGAUGGAUAUCCUGUGGUUGACGAUAUUAAAACAGCUUUGGAGAAUGUCUGUCCCGGAGUCGUCUCUUGUGCUGAUAUUCUAGCCAUUGCUGCAGAAGCAUCGGUUUCCUUGGGUGGAGGUCCAACAUGGACAGUUGAAUUGGGAAGAAGAGACAGUACAACAGCAAAUCAGGCCGCAGCUCAGCUUCUUCCAGGCCCUAGAGAUGGCCUCGCCAAUAUCACUUCCAAGUUUUCUGCUGUGGGACUCGAUACCACUGACGUUGUUGCUCUAUCGGGUGCACAUACGUUUGGGAGGGCAAGGUGUGUGCUAUUCCGUGAUCGUUUAUUUAACUUUGAGAAUAGUAACAGUUCAGAUCCGUCUCUGGACUCUACUUAUCUGGAAACACUUCGUCAGGCAUGUCCUCAAAACGAUGGUACCUUAAACAACCUAGAUCCCACGACUCCCGAUACCUUUGACAACAACUAUUUCACGAACCUUCAAGGUGGCCGAGGCCUUCUCCAAUCCGAUCAAGAAUUGUUCUCCACCGCCGGAUCCGACACCGUUGCCGUCGUCAAUAGGUUUGCGGCUAGUCAAAGCGAGUUCUUCACUAGCUUUGCUCAGUCCAUGAUCAAUAUGGGCAAGAUUAGUCCCUUGACAGGAAGCAAUGGGCAGAUCAGGACUAAUUGCAGGAGGGUUAAUUAA